AUGGAGCGAUUUCAAUUUUUCGAAAGGUUGGCGGAGAGCUGGCAGGGUCCGAUAUCGGCGGCCGUUUAUGGUAGUGAUGCGGAACUGUUUCAAUUAAUGGAAUUUUGGAAGAGUUCGAAGCUGGGGAAAACGAGGAAAAAUAUCGGUUUACAUGGCGUGUUUAAAAAAGGGCCGUUCUACCCUAUCAAUUACCUACGAAACGUGGCGAUUAACGCCACCCGCAGCGAGUUUAUCUUUCUGCUCGACGUCGACUUCUUGCCGUCUCGAGGCCUCGAGGGAGCGUUGCUGUCAUCAACCGACGAAUUUGCUGCAAAUUCCGUUCUGGUUGUGCCAGCAUUCGAGAUGAAUCGAACUGGCACUAGCGAGCUUUUGGAUAAGGAAGAGUUGCUGAAGGAAUGGGAUUUAGGCAAUGUUCAGCGGUUUCGAUCUGACGUGUGGCCGCAGGGGCACGCCCCUACAAAUUACAGUAGAUGGAGGGAGAGUGGAGCGCAGUACGCGACAUCCUGGGCGCAAGACUACGAACCAUACUUCAUGAUUCGAAAAUCGGACUGCCCGCUUUACGACCGUCGCUUUGUCGGCUUCGGCUGGAACAAAGUGGCUCACGCGAUGCAGUUAAACCGACUGGGAUUCAAAUUUAACGUCCACCCCUCCGGCUUCAUCCUCCACCAGCCUCACGCCCCUUCCUUCGAAAUUCACAAAUACCGGAAACAGUCAAUCUAUCGAAAAUGUAUGCAAACUUUGAAGGGGGAAUUUGUGCGUGAUCUCAUUACGGGUGUAUUG